AUGGAGGAACGGGCGCAGGUGCGCCUUCGCAUGUGCAAAAGCCUGCUCGCAGAUGCGGAGGAGGAAAGACCUGAAGGGAACCAUAGAAGCAGAAAUUUUUGCCGCACUUGCGGAACCGCAGAAGCGGUCAAAAAAAUGACAACAAGUGCGGAACAACAAAAUGGUUAUGUUGGGACUACUGCUGCAAUGGCAACUGCGUCUUCAACAUUGGCAGUAGAAAAUGUUCUUCUACCUGACCACACUAGUUUACAGCGCUUUAUCAGCGAAGACGUUCCAAUUCUGGGAGAAGAAACUCCUGAAAAUGAGCGAUUUGUGGUCAGUGAGGCAUGCAAGCAUUCUGACUUCUUAUGCAAAAACUAUAUUUUAAGUUGCUGGGAAGACGACUUGUACAAUGUUUAUAGAGUCAUGAAAAUAUCAAGAGAAUUGUGGAAUGCUCUUGAAAAGAAUUGCAAAACUGAAGAUGCUAGAUUAAAGAAGUUUGUGGCCGCUAAAUUUCUGGAUUUCAAAAUGGUUGACGGUAUGGUCAUAAAUGAAGCGUUUCAAGUUGCGGCAUUUAUUGAAAAGCUGCCUCCGCUAUGGAAGGACUUUAAGAAUUACUUAAAACAUAAGUGCAAAGAGAUGAUGCUUGAAGACCUUAUUGUUCGUCUACGGAUUGAAGAGGACAACAAGGCUGCUGAGAAGAAGUCUCGUGAAAAUUCAACAAUUAUGGGUACAAAUAUUGUUGAGGAAGCUUCAACGAGCAAAAAGAGAAAGAAGUCGUCUGGUCCAAAGAAUUACCCAAGAAAAAAGAAGUUCAAAGGUAAUUGCCACAACUAUGGAAAUGUUGGACACAAGGCUGCUGAAUGUCGUGCACAAAAGAAGGACAAGAAAAAAAGUCAAGCCAACAUGAUUGAGAAGAAUGAUGAAAUAGACGAUUUAUGUGCCAUGAUUUCGGAGUGCAACCUAGUCGGAAAUCCUAGAGAAUGGUGGAUUGAUUCGGGGGCAACUCGUCAUAUUUGUGCUAACAAGGAGUUGUUUACUUCUUAUGUUCCCGUUGGACCCAACGAGACAGUUUUUAUGGCAAAUUUCGCUACUGCAAAAAUUGAAGGAACGGGCAAGAUAACUUUGAAGAUGACUUCUAGCAAGAUUGUGACUCUAAAUGAUGUCCUUCAUGUUCCUGGAAUGCGGAAGAAUUUAGUCUCGACAUCACUUCUAGUCAAGAAUGACUUUAAGUAUGCUUUUGUUUCCGACAAG